AUGAUUCUUGCGAUCCCAGCUUCAAGAUCACUUUCUGAACUGGACAUUAUAUGGUUUCCAAGUAGUUGGAUUAUUACAUUGGGAAUUACAUUAUUCAUUGUAAUAUUCGGUGGAUUAAAACGAUUCGAUAUACAAAGAUCUUUCAAUGUAUUCUUUACUGUUAUAUUCACUUUACAAGCAGUAGUUUAUAUCGUUCUCAUUGUAUUAAAUCAUUUUCGUUGCUAUGAU